UGUGUGAGGGGUUUAGGCGUCAGCAUGGCGGAAGGUGUGCGGACUGGAGACGAGGAAUCCCCCCUGAAGGAGUACUUGGACCAGGCGGAGCGAGAGGUUGAUCUGAAGCGGAGUAACGAGGAGAUCGCACGGGAGAACAGCCGGCUGAAGCUGCAGCUGGAGGUUCUGUACAGCGAGAUGCGGGCGGCCAGGGCACAGGCCUCACUGGACAGGGUCCUACGGGAGCAGGAAACAGUUGUGCAGACCCCCACGAGCACCCCUGUCCCCCCAGACCCCGGGGAAGGCACCCCGGGGGGACGAGAGAACUCCCCAGACCCGGGCUCUGCCGAGAAGCCCGCGGACACGAGCGGUAACCUGUCCGCCGCCGAGGAACAACUGGUGGACCGCUGGACGCAGGUGUUCGUACAGCGCAUGUCUCCAGCCGUAACCAGGGGCAACCGGCGAUGCCAGGCGUGCGGGGGCAACAUGGCGGAUUUCCCGCCGGUAACCAGGGGCAACACUGCGGACUUCCCGCCAGUAACCCGGGGCAACCGGCGUUGCCAGGCGUGCCGCGCGCUGGAGGAGAACCUGUCGGACUCGGUCCUGGCGGCGGCGCCUGAGCGGGGCGCGGGACGGCGGGUGUCCGCCGCCGAGGAUCACCUGCUGGACAGGUGGGCCGACAGGCUGGCAGAGAGGCUGCUCAGCUUCAGCCAGCCGCAGGUCACAUCCACGCCCCUCAAGGUCAAGCACAAGGUCACCUCCACGCCGAUCAAGGUCAGGCACAGGCGAACGGCAUCGGACGGAGAAGACUUACAGACAUGCCUUGCGGACCGGUACGAGAGGCGAUUGGCGGAGUGUUUGGCCGACACGUCCCUUCCCGUGGUGCCCUGCGGGGAGGCGGAACAGGGGUCCCCGUAUACCCCUGGUGGAGCCUCAAGCAGAGAUCACGACACGGAGUCGCCCUGCCAGAUGUGUUGGGAGGCGGCGAACGACAGUCUGGCGGCGGUCCAGGCGCGGAUCCGCCGCGACUCAAGCACGGCGCCUAGCGAGUCGGAGCCGGCACUGCAGCGGACAGCAGGUGGCACACGUGCAUUCGCGACGCCUGGCGAAUCCCGCGGGCGUUGCAGCCACAGCGCCAGGGCCUGCAGGCCGGGCUGUACCGGGUGCCUGCGGGUGGUGGGCGAGCUCGCCUUCCAGCUGGACAUGCAGAUCCUGCAGUACGUGUUCCAGCGCAGGCGGCUGUACGGCUUCACGCUCAGGAACAUCGAGGACAAGAUACGCGAGGCGGCAGACAAGGAGGUGUUGGUAUGGGCACGCCACAAAGUUGAAGAGUAG